ACGUAAGACGUAACAGGCGCGAGCCGGACGUAAACGGAACAUUUCUCCCCUUUCUCCCCUUUGUGUUGUUUGUGUUGUUCAUAGUGGUGCCAUGGCCACCGGAGGCUUUCUGUCCAGAUUUUUACAACUAGGGCGGGGAAGGUUCGGGAAGGGAGCACCUCGUGCCGCACUCUUAACGGUCCGUGUGUUGUCACGCGCUGCAAGUCGUUCCCAGUUACAUGGAACAGAGCGCAGCAGGGUUCUGACGGGGAAAGAGGACCGGUUCGGUGGAGUGACAGUGGACCUAAGUGAAACCGGUUUAGCUCAGGACGUCAGCGAAAGUGAAUUUAGCGAAAUACUGCGAGAGUCUGUGGCCCGGUGGAAAGCAGAGCGCAGGGCAGCGGUGUGGCUGCGUGUUCCCAUCGCUCUGAGUCGAUGUGCCGCCGCCGCCUCCUGUCACGGCUUCACCUUCCACCACGCCAAGCACGACCACGCGGUGCUGUCCCUCUGGUUGGGAGACGGCCGAAGCCGCCUGCCGGCCUUCGCAACGCACCAGGUCGGAGUGGCAGGUGCAGUUGUUGAUGAGUCCACUGGAAAAGUCCUCGUCGUCCAAGACAGAAACAAGACAAAGAACGCGUGGAAGUUCCCCGGUGGUUUGUCUGAUCCGGGAGAAAACAUCGGUGCCACUGCCGUUCGUGAAGUCCUUGAGGAGACUGGCGUCCGCUCCGAGUUCCGCUCCCUGCUGAGCAUCCGGCAGCAGCACCAGCACCCCAACGCCUUCGGCAUGUCGGACAUGUACAUCAUCUGCCGACUCAGCCCGCUCACCUACGACAUCCACUUCUGCACGCAGGAGUGCGUGCGCUGCGAGUGGCUGGACCUGGCCGAGCUGGCCCAGACCCACAGCACCACUCCCAUCACGUCCCGCGUGGCCCGGCUGCUGCUUCGCGGGCUGGAGUCGGGCUUCGGCCACAUCGACCUGGGGAUGGAGGAGCUUCCUGCCGUCUACUCCGGCACCGUGUACCAGCUGUACUACAGACAGCUCCCUCCUCCACUGAGACCCUAGCAAGUCCUCCCCCAGGCGGUUAGUGUGUGAUGGAUGGAUGGAUGGAUGCACGCACACGCCGCUCAGUAUUACUCAUAGUUUUUCAGGCACUACUUUUACUGUUGAGGAAACAUGGUGCAAUAGGCUGAACUACAGCGUUCAUGCUUCUAUAGUACCUAUGAGACGAGCACAUAGGACCUGAAAUCUUUACAUGAUCUGGUACAGUAUCUAGUUACUGGAAAACAAAAGGAAAUUAUAAAGUAGACAAGUGGAAAAUAGUUCAUCAAGGGAAAAUAAUGUUCAAAUUUCUAAGACUGGGAAUAAUCAACUUUUAACCAGAGAAAAAAAUUCCACAUUAAUUCAUUCCAUUUGUCUGAAUUGUGG